UUCUUUCAACAUAUUUUUUUUCUUUGGUAUUUCUUCUGCUUUUGCUUGGAAAAAAAAAUUUUAUAGUUUCCUUUUGGGAUUUAUAUUCCUUUCUUUGUAGUUUUUCCUUUUAUUUUGCUUCCUUUUAUUUCAUUUCACUUUAAUUUGCUUUGAUUUCUGUUGUCCUCUAUCUCGCUGUUAUAAAGACCUCCCUCCACUGCUCUACCACACUUCUUACCCCCAACAGCUCUUCAACAGCUCCUCAGCAUGGACUUAAACAAUCUAAUGAGCAACACAGGCCAGAGCAACAACUCUCGUCACCAUCACUCCCACUCCCAUUCUCUGAACCAUGGUCACCAUCCUAUUGAUCCUCACAACAACCCCAUUAACCACCAACUCUCUCCCAACCAGUACAACCAAUCUCUCAUGAACUCUAAUAUACCAAUCAACACAAUCAACAACCUCAAUACCCUCAACCAAUAUCCUAUGAAUUCUCCGAACUACCAGUACCUAAACUCCAUGAACAUGACCAACCAAGCGUCGUCUCCCUACAACAUCACUAAUCCCCCGAAUAACCUACAUCUCAAGACCUUCAGUUGUGACAAUUUUAGGAAAAAUUCCUCCCAUUCGCUCCCCAUGGACAGAACUCCAAGUGUCAAACUACCUGGGGUAAAGGAAAUCCUUCCAGGGGACUUCAACCACAACCAAAUCGAAAUGCAAGAAUACCAAAUCCACAAAAGUAUGCUGCAACAAAGAGUUCAUCCCCCCAUCCUAAAAUCAUCAACUUCCUUUGCUAAUUUUCGUCCAGUGAUAAACGAGUCCCCUGCCAGUCUUAUGAUGAACAAAAACGACUCAAUCGACAACUUCAAGAGAAAAAGAAAAAACCUACCCAAAGCAACCACUGAUGUCUUGAUGAACUGGCUAAAGGAAAAUUUAGAUCGUCCUUAUCCUAAUGCAAGAGAAAAAAGCUAUCUUUGCACUCAAACUGGUUUGACCCCACAACAAUUGGAUAACUGGUUUAUUAAUGCCAGAAGAAGAAAAGUAACGUUGCUAAAGGAUAUGAGAGAUAAGCAUGUUACAAUUGCUUCUUAAUUCCAUCCAUUCUCCAAUUAAAGAAAAACAAAUUGACUUUAAAAGUUUUAAAAAAUUUAAAUUAUAACACACUCAUAUA